GUUCUCACACACUUCAGUUUCAGUGGCAAAAAAAAUAAUCCUGCCUUUUAAACACCGCUGCACAUCUCACCUCACCUCAUCAGAGGAAGAACCCUCUCUUUCCACAUGAUUUCAAUAUACUUUCAGGUGUUAUAGUAACUUUUUAUUAUUAUUAUUCCGUGACGCAAAGCAGCAAAUGAACUCGAGGAACUUGGUGAAGCAGCCCAUGGAGCACAUCAAGAGACCAAUGAACGCAUUCAUGGUCUGGUCGCGAGGUCAGAGAAGGCACAUGGCACUGGAGAACCCAAAGAUGCACAACUCUGAGAUCAGCAAGAGACUCGGCUCCGAGUGGAAGCUGCUCUCUGAGUCUGAAAAAAGACCUUACAUCGACGAGGCUAAAAGACUACGCGCCCAACACACGAGAGAGCAUCCACACUACAAAUACCGACCGAGACGCAAACCUAAAGGACUGCUGAGGAAGGACACGCUGUUGUCUUUACUGCAUCACGGCGAGCGAGAAUUUCAAGCUAUCUCAAAUUUGGACAAACCACAACCUCUUCAUUCAGCUGCGACCAUGCAACAUCCUAUUAUGGAGCAAAGCCUGUCAACUGCUUUUCAACCUGAAAAACCUGCUUUAACCCUGGGCUCAUUGGCUUUUUCUCCAGCUUUUAGCUAUCAGAGACACAGGUCCUCCGGGAGUCUGGGAUGCUCUGGUCAGUACGCGCACACUCACCUGUCACCUGCAGACCCCGGAUACCUGCUGCCCUGUAACUGUGCACCCUGGCCUUCUUCCAGUCUCACACCUCCAGUUGCCUAUAUAGUGUUUUCAGGUAUGAGCAAGACUGUAAACACCUCUACAGCGCUGUGACUCAGUCAUUAAAAUCUCAUUAGAAUCGUUUUUUUU